UCACUGCUUUUAAAAGGCGAUCACAAAAACAGUUUCAGUUGUGUUGUUGUUGUUGUCAUUCAGUAUUAUCUGUGAAUCAGACUGUGAUUGUCAUCAAUGGCUUAAAAACAAGAAAAAAAAGUUUUUGAAUUAACUCAUAAAACCAAAGAUCCAAACCAUAUGUGAUGUGAUUUGUCUUUUUUGCGGCGAUUUUACUUAAACUAAAUGAUUCAAAGAUAUCCAAAGACGCAGAAAACAUGACCACCGAAGUUGACGAUACCGACGAUGACGGCAUUUACAUUGUGGACACGACCGAUGCCAACGGCUUCGACAUUGUCGGCGAAUUGGCUGUCCAUGACUGCUGGCAUAUAAUUAAUAAGAUACUCGAAUAUCUGCCGGUUCGGACCAUACGGGCCAUGUGCUGCGUGUCCACCGGUUGGCUUACGGCUGUCGUACUGUCGCCUCGGGCCAAUCGGCGACGGCUACGGCACGUCAAGAAAGUACGCCGAUUGCGGACAAGUGUCGGCCAAGAGAAUUGGCCAAUAAAACGGAAGACACCGGAGAGUAGUGGUAGUCGUAGAAGAGCUUUCGGUGAUAUUAGAAAUACGACUACAAGAAGUGGUUCGAAUACUCCAACGACGACAAUGACCUCAAAUAAUACUAACAAUAGAUUGUCGACUAUUAGAUGACCAAAAAAAAGUAUUUGAAUUCAUAAAAAAAAGAUUAUUUUUUUGAAUUCAAACCAAACAAACAAAUGAAAACAUUUGUAAAUAUAAUUUUAAUGCGGUUUUUAUCUUAUCUUAAGAAAACACUUAAC